GCAAAAGGCGCGAAGCCUAUGCAAGGCUGCUUGAUAGCAUAAUUUGAAGAAAAGAAGUAAGCCUCUUGUCAUCUUUCUAAGAUGUCGGCCAAUCCAAUGAUUUCGGAUUACUCACACGCAUUGGAAAUGAAUGUUGAUAAUAGUUGGGCAGGGGACGUUUCUUCCAAAGCGAGAACGCAAGUUAUGAACGCUGAGUCGCUUGGAACGUAUCAAAGACCCUUGCAGGUUUUCAAGUACAUGCAUAUCCACGAGUACAUGAAGGGGAGAUCGCAAUAUACUCCGACGGGGCUUCUGGGAAGCGGCGCACAAGUUCGUGAUGGAAAGAGGGCAUUAUACAUAGGAACGAGGCAAGAGGAUGCAGAGGAGGCUACAAGACGUAACAGGAGUAGGGAUUCUGAUAAGCAAUCACGUCGGCAGAAAGGCUCAAGUGUCGCUAAAGGAGCCAGAUCGUCCGAUGCUGAGGAUGAAUCAACUCCGUUCCUUGGACCGUUCUAUGAAGAAGACUUUCUGAACAAAGGUUACAUCGUCUGGGAAGCUGUCAGAAGGGAGUGGCGUGGAACGAGAGAAGAAAGGGAAUUGGCGCACAGCAAGCGCAAGUCUGAGCGGAACUCCAAAGGAAGCAUGGGAUACGCGGACAUAGCAGAUGAGAUGGAAGAUCCUGAAUUGAGUGAAUUUUCCCAGUCCAUCCCUCUCCACGACUUGAUUCCGGUCCUAGAUGAAAUCUGGCAGGAAGAAAUGUGA